CGGGCUCAGAGACAGCUCUAAAACCAGGAUGCUCAAAGCCAAGAUUCUCUUCGUGGGGCCCUGCGAGAGUGGGAAGACAGUUUUGGCCAACUUCCUAUCCGAAUCCUCUGACAUUACCGAAUACAACCCAACACAGGGAGUGAGAAUUGUGGAGUUCGAGAAGCCGCAGAUCAGCAGCAACAGCCAAGGCCCCGGCUGCGAAUUCGAGCUCUGGGACUGUGGCGGCGACAGAAAGUUCGAGUCCUGCUGGCCGGCCCUGAUGAAGGACGCGCAGGGAGUGGUGAUCGUGUUCAACGCUGACGUGCCAAGCCACCUGAAGGAGCUCGAGAUGUGGCAUUCCUGUUUCGUGCAGCCUCUACUCCUGCAGGACGCCCAGUGCCUGCUGAUCGCACACCACAAGCCGGGCUCCGCGGCUGGCAGGGGGAGCCUGAGCCUGGCGCCGCCCCUGAACAAGCUGAAGCUGGUACAUUCCAACCUGGAGGAGGACCCCGAGGAGAUCCGGGCGGAAUUCGUCAAGUAUCUAAAAGGCAUCGCGAGCUCAGUGUCCGAGAGCAGGGACCGCGAGGAGAUGUCCAUCAUCACGUGACUGCCACCCAGGUCCAGAGCCCACACACCACUGGCAGCUCCCCCCACAACCCGCUCCUCCACUAACCUGCCCCCUGGGCCGCUGGCCAGGCAUCCCCUGACAUGCUGCCCCAGGAGUAGACCGCUCCCCUUAGCUCAGGAGAGGAUACCCGUGGUUCCAGGCCUUUCCAAGGAGCUGG